AUGAUGAAUCCAUUAGACGCAUUGUCACUGGCAGGAACAAUCAUUCAAUUCGUAGAUUUUAGCUUGAAGGUUCUGGCUGGUACCAAUGAGCUCUACAAAUCUGGCGCUGAGGCGUUGACCGUUCAUCGGCAAUUGAGCCUUGUGGCCGAGGACCUAUCUAAACUGUCCAAGAGACUCUCGAAUUCUUACUCGGACUUCUCUGAGAAGAGGCUUCUUUCUACACCCGCGGAUGACUCGUUCAUGUGUAUUUGCAAAGCUGCGGCGGAAGUGUCUACUGAGCUUAACACCAAGCUUAACAACCUGAAAGUAACAGCUAUUGGCCGGCGUAGAAAAUGGCAAACCCUCAAGCAAGCAUUGAAGUCAGUAUGGUCCGAGAAGGAGUUGAAGGCUUUGAUGGAUCGUUUGGCUCUGUUAAAAGAUUCCAUACAGAUGCAUAUCGCUGUAGAUCUUCGGUAUGUCAUUGAGAAGUCCUUCCGUCAUCAGACAAUAACGUUCUUAAGUGAGCAGCUUGACAUCGUAGCCACGAGUCAGGCAAGCCGUUUCGACAAUCUCGAUUCCCGUACGCAAAAUAUUGUUACUGCUCUUCUCGAGCAUCAUGGUGAAGUCAGCAGAAGCAUUCAAGAUCAGACUACGGCAAUCACUCAGUUGCUUGGGAGAAUGGAACUUUCAGCUGAGAAGCAUAUAUUUCCUCCGAGUAUUGUGCGCGAGGCCGACAAAAUUGAGGACACCCAAAACCGAGUUUCGAUUACUACUGGAGGGCAAAAAUUUCAGGAGGUGAUACACAACUUUGAAUGGCAAGAAAAAGCGAUCCGCUUGCAGGUUGCUCAAGAUCUUAUUCAAACCCUAGAAUCUUCAACAUUAAAAGAACGAGAAAAAACUAUCGAAGACGUGUAUCGAGGGACCUUCGAGUGGUUGUUGGAUGACACACAUGGCUCUACAACUUGGUCCAGCUUUGUCAACUGGUUGCGACAUGAUUCUGGUCUAUAUUGGAUCAACGGAAAAGCCGGUUCGGGGAAAUCAACACUGAUGAGGUUCAUUUGCAGUCACAAUAUCACGAAUGAGCUUUUGAAGCAAUGGUCGGCUCCGCUGCCCCUGGUUACCGCCAAGUUUUACUUUUGGAAUAGCGGUACUCUUGAGCAGAGAUCACAAAGUGGUCUACUUCGGGCGAUUCUUGCACAGAUCCUUGGAAAUUUGCCCUAUCUCCUCCCUGUCUGCUUCCCAAGAAGGUGGGCUAAGAUUUACACUGAUGUAGUGAAGCCCUUCUCUGAAAAACAUCACAAUACUCAUUCGAUGGAGGUGGAACCUUGGAGUUUAAGCGAGCUCGAGGUUGCAAUGCGCACCCUCUUGAGCCAAGACGUGCAGAACUUUAAGUUUUGUUUGUUCGUUGAUGGUCUUGAUGAAUAUGAGGGGCAAUCUUCAGUUAUCGCAGAAUAUUUUAGUGGGCUUGCACGAGUGCCCUGGUUGAAGAUCUGCCUCUCCAGCCGCCCGCUACUUGCGUUCGAUGAUGCUUUUCAAUCAUGGCCAACAUUGCGUUUGCAAGACCUGACACAACCUGAUAUAAAUCAUUAUGUCAAAUCGACUCUUGAAGAGAAUCCAAACUAUAAACGUUUGUGCGUGGAGCAGCCUAUCCAAGGGCCAACUUUAAUUGAAACAAUUACAUCACGAGCAGAUGGAGUAUUCUUGUGGGUUAAACUCGUCGUACGAGAUGUCAUAAGAGGCCUAGCCAAUAGGGACAAUCUGCAAGAUCUACAGGAACGUGUUGGAAUUGUUCCUCUAGAUCUGGAAAACUUAUUUUCCUCGAUGCUUGACAACGUUGACCCAUUUUAUAGUAAGAAAGCUGCAUUGGUUUUUCUUAUUGUUCGAGCGGCAAACUUAUAUGGGGAGAGUGCCAAAUUACUAUACACCUUGAGCCUUUCCUUUGCUCUUGACUAUGGUGCUACUCGAGCCGACGAAAUCAAGUUUGACUUACAGGAUCUGGAAGCGAGAAACACGAAAAUGCGCGAUCUUCUCAAAGUGCAGUGUGCAGGUUUACUCGAGACUGGGCAGAGAGACUCUCCUGGCUUUGGGUGCCUUGGAUUUCGGGUCCUGUACCUCCACCGUAGCGUCAGAGAAUACUUGGAACGCCCGGACGUAGGUCAAAGAUUCUUGAAGCAAGUUUCAGGAACGGACUUCGAACCAUACACUGCGCUUGUAUAUUCAUAUGUGAAAGUACUUGAGAUCUCCGAAGUUCGAAAAAGGAGAUCAUUGUUUGUUCGUACCUUUAUGGCAACAGUCCUUCAUUACGCUCAUAAGGCUGACAUUGCGCUAUCGGAUGCUUACAUCGAAUCAUUAGAUACACUUGCAACAUUGACACACAAAACAAGGUUUAAAAGAGACCACUUUUGGAAACCAACGAAGUUCUCUUCUUUCCUUCAUAUCGCAGUCGCGUGGGAUCUUUAUCUGUACGUCAAAUUGAAGUUGAAUCAACUCUCUCUGAAAGAAAAAGGCUCCGCUAUUCACGUUCUCUUAUCAUAUGCCCUUGCAGCAUCAGAUGGGAAAGAUUUCGAGGAGUGGAAAAUACAGAAAGGCCCAACCUAUGUUCGAAAUCGUGUCCCUCCUAGUCCUCGCAUGGUGGGAUUACUCUUGGCACACGGAGCCCAACCCAACAAAAAGUUGGAACGCCUUCUAAUUAAUGGCAAGAAUACCGCAUUGGAGACCGCAUUUAAGACAGCCAUUCGUAACAUCUUCGCAAUCUUCCCGUUAGAAACCGCAGGAAAAGACCCCGACAAUCAAUAUUCAGACAAGGAAAAAUCGUUGGUGUCGAAUUAUUUGGAAAUUGUUAAAGUCCUGCUGGAAAAUGGCGCGGAUGCAAAUACAUGCAUCAACUACCAAGGAAGAACGAUUAUGUCGAGGAAAUUGUUGACUGAGCAAAUGAGGAAGCAUUGGAGAAGCAAAGAAUUGAUUGUGGAUGAAAUGUUUGCGAAGAAAGGUGGUAGAUUGGAACUUUCGAGGGUUAAGAAAUUGACGAUAACCAUGACUGCUUUUAUUUGA